AUGGUCGGCUGCGAUGCGAUCAUACUGGUCUCACGCCUGGGCGCCUUCGUUUGCCAUUUCUAUCAAGGAUCCUGGGACAGCGAUAGACACAUGGACGACCUUAUGAGAUUCUGUUACUACGGGCGCCCGGAAAACGACCCAAUGCGUGAAUGGGCUCAGUACGGCAUUGACAAUGUCAGAGACCAUCCUGAGGAAGGCAAGCGAGGCAUCAUACUCGGGGACCAGGACUCCGACGCAGAGGAAGACGAUUUCGAGGAUAUUGUAGCCUUCAUCAUAACGCCCAGAGUGCGGCCGAACAUUUGGAUAAUCGACCGUGACGGGCCCAGAGUCAUACCAGAUGAAGAGAUUCUGGCCCCUGACGUUAUGGCAGGCCGACUUAGAUAUGCGCCAGACAGAGUCAACAGAGUCAAACUGAUCUUGACGGGAAUCUUCCGCGACAUUCCUAUCAAGACGAUCGACUAUCCUCCUGCAAUGCUACCGUAUGCUGAAUGGAGUAGGCUCGAGGCUCUUGAUGAUACGUUUGCUUUUGCCGAGGGGCUUCAGGACAGCAUUGUCGAUACGCCCCGCGUCGGUGCCGCUCUCAACGACAUCAUUGUCUCUGAAUGUCACGACUCUGGCGCCCUUUACGGCGAAUGCUACGACAGCGGCAACCAGCGAAACAACAUCGAUGCAGUUUCAGCCAUCUUCAGCGUCUUCGAACAUUUCCUCACCCUCUUCAAAAUCUUUCUCGGUGAUGUCGAAAUCGUCCAAGACCACCUCGAAGCCAAUCUCGUCGACAGGGACUCCCCGCCAGUCCGUGACAUCCUCCGCAUCACACCCAUCACUAAACCAGGAGUCCCCGCCCCUUCCAAAUUCAGAACAUCACUGCACAGGACUGCGGUCACCACCGCGCGAACCCUGGACCGGUUACCAGCCACGCUGCCAUUGGAGAGCGUGCAAAUCUACCUCAAAGAAUGGACUAGCGACGAGGGAGGAGCCCUGGGCUGGAUACCCUUUUGGGAGAUGUUCGCGGUGCCGAUAUACUCCGAUUUUAACGUCUGCAAGGCGACGAAGGUGGGCGACGAGGUACAGAGCUGGUUCCGUGGAUCCGAGCAGGGGGAGGACGGGCGGCCGCCCAGCUUUAAGGCCGAUAAAGACAUCUUUGGAAAGAAAAACUGCAAGUACAAGGACGACGGCAGCGAAGAAGUGGUGGGUUGGCUUUCGAGCGAUGGGGUUCCAGAGUUCAAAUGCCGCCGGAGCGACCAGCUAAAAAUCGAAUGCGACGAUAUGGACAUCAAGGUUUUCAGGACCAGAGUUAAGUGUGUGUUUCCUGUGGAGUAG